UAGCAUAUCUUAAGAAAGGCAGCCCCAUAGUCUAACCAGCAGAGAAAAUUUCCACAGCUAUAUUUAUGAAAUGAAGAAGUAAAUAUGGUCCAAGGGAAGCAAAUGAGGAAGGAAAAUAAGACUCCUUUAAGAGCUAAGAAGAGAGAAAUGGCACAAUGAAGUCCUCUUAGGCAGAAAGAAAAAGAAUUCUACGGUGGAAGAAAACAGAAGCAGUAUCUCAUUUGCUCUUAGCUUUCCUGUUUUUUCUGCUCUGUGGUUGGACGUAGGUGUGUCAAAAACACGAUUCUGUUGCUCAGCAAAUCUGACUAAGAUUCAAGCAAAGCCUGACUCAUAACUGAAGAUUUCAGUCUGAAUAAAAAAGGAAAAUGUCUUGGUGUUUUGCAUCUAAACUACAGACUAAUAUGGAUUGGAAACUCAUGGGUAUACUAGUGCCAACUUUGACUAUUAAGCUAGUAGGCAGUUCUCUGUUCUUUCUAUAUAUUUCACAGAUUUUCUCAGAAGUCCCCAAAACCACCACACCAGGAAAAACCAGCUGCUCCUUAAGGUGGACUCUGUAUGAAGGAAAGUGCUACCACUUUUCUACGCUGCUAAAAACAUGGGAUGAAAGCCAAAAAGAAUGUGUCUUCUUAAAUUCUCAUCUUGCCAUUAUCAACAGCAAACCAGAACUGGCAUUCCUGAACAACAAAACCCAAAAUGCAGAUUACUUCAUUGGCUUGAGACGGAGAAAUUCCAAUGAACAGUGGAAAUGGAUUGACAACACAAAGUUUCAGCCUGGCAUAUUUAAUGUUCAAGAUAAAACAAAUGACUGUGUUGCAAUUGGAUUAAAUUCCACCAGCUCAAGACUUUGCUCUGAAUCAAACCGCUUCAUUUGUGAGGAGAAGGUAUAAAAACUCUUUGGGCAAUGGAAAUUCACAGCAAGAUCGAAUCAGAACUCUAUUCUCAGUUCAUGAACGUUGGCCCUGAUAAGAAAGUGAAUAUAUC